AUGUCUUGGCCAUAUGGAUUUCAUUUAGUCGCACAAUUAUUUUUACCAUUUCAACGUAUUUUUAUGUAUUUUUUAACCGGUAAAUCUGAAUUAGAACGAAUUAUUGCAAAUCGUACAUUACCAUUUGCAUCACGUGUUCAUCAAAUUGAAAAAUCAAUUAAUUAUACAACAACAAAAAAUCUUGAUUAUGAAAAUGAACAAGUAAAACUAGAUAAAAACAAAUCUUUAAUACAUGAUCAAUUAAAUAUUGUUAUACAUAAAUUAGAAUUAUAUCAAAAAUUAAUUAAACAAAUAAAUGACAUAAGAAUGACAAAAGUAACAUCAACUGAUGAAAAACAUCUUGAAUUAUUUGAAAAAAUAUGGUCACGUUUAGUUACUCAAUCAAACGAUGAUCAUGAACCCAUGAAUAUGAUCUCAAAACGUUGGACAAAAAUUGGUUUUCAAGGCUCAAAUCCAUUAACCGAUUUUCGAGGUAUGGGUUUACUUGGUCUUCAAUCUAUAGAAUAUUUAUCUCGGGAUAAAGAAACUUGUUUAACAUGUGUUAAUAUUCCGCCACCCAAUGAUUAUUCAUUUGCUAUUGGUGUUGUUAAUAUUGUAUCAUGGCUUGUUAAUUUACUUGAAGUUGAUCCGUCCAUGAAAACUAAUUUUCAUCCAUUAUUAACACAUUUUUCGUUACAUCCAUGUAAUCUUGAUGAAUUUUUUCAACUUUUUUUACUUAUAUUUAAUGAAUGGCAUGAAUUUUGGAUUGAUCAACAAGCAAAUAUUAUGCAAUUUGAACAGUUAUCAAAAAUUUUUCGUGCACAAAUGCUUAUUGAAUGUCAACAAUGGCGACCUAUUCAACGAGGUUUCUCAAAAAAAAUUCCUAAGUAA